AUGUUUAAAAAACUUGAACCCAGUACUUCGGAGUCUCACUCUAUCGAUAGCUCAGAUGACAAUGUCAAUGGGAUUAAUGAGUCUCAUAUCUUGCAAGACCGCAAGAUCGGGGUCUUCGGAGCGGUCUCGUUAAUCGUGAACAAAAUUGUCGGAGCUGGAAUUUUCUCAACGCCUGCGUCCAUAUUCAAGUUGAGCGGCAGCCCAGGGAUGGCCCUAAUCCUUUGGGUUAUCGCUGGUGCAAUCUCAACAUGUGGAGCAAUGGUUAUGCUCGAGUUCGGCACUAUCAUUCCUAGAUCUGGAGGUAUGAAGAUCUAUCUUGAAAGAUCUUUCUCUCCAAAAUUGCUCAUGACCUGUGUCUAUUUGUUCUAUUGCGUGUUUCUGCAGGUGUCUGCUAGCAAUGCUAUUACUUGCGCGUCAUAUCUUCUCAAAGCUGCUGGUGUAGACUCAACGACAUGGAAGCUGAGAGGUUUGGCCAUCGCAGCAAGUGCAUUUGCAGUGGGUAUACACACUUUUGUACCACGAGUUGGCAGACAUUUGCAAGAUAUGAUGAGUGCAGUCAAACUUUUUAUUCUAUUCUUCAUUGUCUGUACUGGAUUUGCAGCGCUGGGUGGUCAUCUGAGAGUCCCCAAUCCCCACAAUUUUGAUCUAUCUACGUCUUUCCAGGGUACCUCAAAAAAUGGAUAUAACAUUGGCACAGCUUUGUUGGAUGCAAUUUUCUCAUUCCAAGGGUAUGACAACCUGAACAUGGUCCUUUCUGAAGUCAAAAAUCCCAAAAGAACGCUUAAGAUUGCGCUCCCAACUGCCAUGGGUAGUAUCACAGUGCUUUAUGUGCUUGCGAAUAUCGCAUAUUUUGCUGGUGUAUCCAGAGAGGAGUUUUUAGCAUCCGAUCUUACAAUUGCUGCAUCACUCUUCAACAAUGUCUUUGGCGCAUCAGCAGCUACAAAAGCUCUACCAGCCCUAGUUGCUAUCUCUGCUAUUGGUCACCUUUUAGGAAUUGCAUUCACAGUUCCUCGGGUGAUCCAAGAAAUAGCCAAAGAUGGAAUCGUGCCAUUCCCAGAUCUUCUCAUGCAGAACCGUCCUUUCAAAACACCUAUCUGGGCAUUAGCAAUUCAUUUGGGGGUAACAAUUCUCUUUAUCUGUGCUCCUCCCGCAGGUGAUGCUUUUGAUUUCAUCAUUAGUCUCAGCUCUUACCCAACGGUGUUUCUUCUUACUGGGGUUACAGUGGGAUUAAUCAAGCUGCGUUUGUCCAAAGACGAGGGACCUCAAUCUGCAUUCAGGGUUCCAUGGUCCGUCCUUGCGUUCUACCUGGCUGGAAAUAUUUUCCUCCUUGUCAUGCCAUUCGUGCCACCUCCUAAUGGAAAGGGAAGUACCAGCUUACCUUAUUGGCUUACUCCCGUUGUUGCAUUGGCAAUCCUCUCCCUGGGAAUCGUCUAUUACGUCGGGCGAUUUGUUCUUCUACCAUGGAUCUUUGGGUAUAGACUUGAACUGCAAGCCAUCAGCCUCAGUGAUGGUUCCGAGGUCUCACGAUACAAAAUGGUCAAGAAUUGA